UUUAGCUCCACGCCUGCGCCCGGGCCUCAGCCCAGCUUCGCGGGCCCGAACCGCGCCUCAUCGCCCAAGCCCAAACCCCCUCGUCCACCUCCCAGUUAGAGACACACCAACCGACCCGAACCCGCCUCCCGGGGGCGGAGCUCACCAGGUGCGGACCCGGGGCGUGGCGGGCGUCUCGGAGCGCCAGGUGCGGCUUCCGUGUCAAGAUGGCCGCCGCCUGCCGCAUCGGAGCCCGGCUCCAGCCCGGACGCCACCUUCUUGUCGGGGCCCCGCUGCUUCGCGUCGCCCUCUACCUCCUGUGCUGGGCGCCGGCGGCUGUGGGCGCCGUCCCGGAGCCCGGGCUCUGGGCAGCGACGGUCAACGACAAAUCAGGACCUUUGAUAUUUAGAAAAACUAUGUUUAACUCUACUGAAAUCAGGUUUUCUGUUAAGUCAUUCAGUUGUUCUGGGCCUGUGAAGUUUGCCAUAGAGUGGCAUUUGAAGCAUUAUACCUGUCAAAAUGAAUAUUCUAAGCUGGAGGAGGAGCUAUCACAAAAACAGGAUCCUAGUGUUGAUGAAGACUUUUGUGGCCAUUAUUUCAAGAACAUUGAAUGUUGGACAACAAAAUAUGAAAACUUAGACUGCAACAGUGACUUGCAGGUGUUUCCCUCACUGACUAAUAAGGAACUAAUUACAAAUACCAGAAAUGUUUCAAACCAGGAAAGAUCAACAGAUGUUGUAGCGAGAACACAGAGAGAUGGGUUUCAUAUCUUUAUUGUUUCUAUCAAAACGGAAAAAACAGACGCAAGAUGGAAUUUGAAUGUUUCUCUUUCUAUGAUUGGGCCUCAUGGAUAUAUUUCUGCAUCAGAUUGGCCUCUGAUGAUUUUUUACAUGGUGAUGUGUAUCGUUUAUAUUUUAUAUGGCGUACUCUGGCUGAUGUGGUCUGCCUGUUAUUGGAAAGAUAUAUUAAGAAUUCAGUUCUGGAUCGCAGCUGUUAUUUUCCUGGGAAUGCUUGAAAAAGCAGUUUUUUAUUCUGAAUAUCAAAACAUCAGCAGCACUGGGCUAUCAACCCAAGGUUUAUUGAUAUUUGCAGAGUUGAUAUCUGCAGUUAAAAGGACAUUGGCUCGCCUCCUCGUGAUCAUUGUGAGUCUGGGCUACGGCAUUGUGAAGCCCCGUUUAGGAACAGUCAUGCACCGGGUGGUCGGACUGGGGAUUCUUUACUUUAUCUUCGCAGCUAUUGAAGGCGUGAUGAGAGUUAUUGGGGCAAGUGACUCUGAUCUUGUGCUUCUGGCCAGUCUCCCUCUCUCUCUCCUUGACUCUGGCUUGUGCUGGUGGAUAUUUAUAAGUUUGGCACAAACUAUGAAGACUCUAAGACUAAGAAAGAAUACAGUGAAAUUUUCUUUAUACAGGCACUUUACAAAUACUCUGAUCUUUGCUGUACUGGCUUCUAUAGUGUUUAUGGUGUGGACGACCAAGACAUUUAGAAUUGCAAAAUGUCAAUCAGAUUGGAUGGAACGCUGGGUUGAUGAUGCAUUUUGGAGCUUCCUUUUUUCACUUAUCCUUAUUGUAAUAAUGUUUUUGUGGAGACCGUCAGCAAACAAUCAGAGAUAUGCCUUCAUGCCAUUAAUCGAUGAUUCUGAUGAUGAAAUUGAAGAAUUUAUGGUACCAUCUGAAAAUUUAACUGAAGGAAUAAAAUUAAGAGUCUCAAAAACGGUUUCCAACGGAACAGCUAAACCUGCUACUUCUGAUAAUUUUGAUGAAGAUUUGAAGUGGGUAGAAGAAAAUAUUCCCUCCUCAUUCACAGAUGUGGCUCUUCCAGUGUUAGUGGAUUCAGACGAGGAAAUCAUGACCAGAUCUGAAAUGGCAGAAAAAAUGUUCUCGUCAGAAAAGAUAAUGUGAUUGAAACCCAUAGAAGUGACACCUCGUUAACGGUGAAGGCCUUCCUCAAGACUGAAAGCGGGCUUUGUUUUGAUGGAGUGCAACAAGAUUUCAUUGCAUUAUCUUGGAAAUCUGUGUAUUACAACUAAGAAUUCAGGUGGUAUGAGGGUUCUACAACCAUUUUAAGCUGCUCUGGAAUGUCAGCUUCAUGUCCAUCAAAUUGCCUGGAUUUGGAAAUAAUGUAAGAAAAGUAUUAUGAUUAAAAAAAUAUGCCCAAAUCCCCUUAGCUGAGUGGUAAUAGGGACAUGGAUUUGGGUUUUCUCUUUUCUCUGGAAAAUAUGACGAUUCCAGACUUAAAAAUAUUUUUUACAUAAACACUCCUAUUGUCACUAACCUUUGAGGUAGAUGAUGUGAUUCUUCUGUAGUAAAGCAGCGUCUCCAUCUCUUGGGUGUAUGGUUACUAGAUGCAAUAAUAAUUUUCUUUGACUUUUAUACUGAAGUGAUUUGAAAUUAAAUACAAUUUGGUUAGCCUUAGAACAUGAGCAUGUUUAUAUGGUUAGCUUUGGUGUGUGUGUACGUAUACAUACGGGUCCACACAAAGUCCUUGUUUGUGAAUAUCACCAUGCACACCAAAUCAGAGUUGGGUCCUCUCUGAGCUCAGGGGAACACAAGUACACAGGAAAGAGGUCUUGAUGAUCACUUCUAAGGAUUUGCUCUGUCAUUGUCCCCUCAGGCCAUAUGUGCACGUGCUGCUGCGGAAUCUGUCUGGGGCAGGUGCUAGACAUGUGGCCAUAUUGCAGUUCCUCUCUGGCAAGCUGGGUGGCUCACUACCAGUGACCCUUGUAGAUGCUAGAACACCCUUUACAUAAUCUUGGUUUAUUCGGUUUCAUAAUGAAACAUGUAUUUACCUGCACAGUAUGUCACUAUUAAUCUUGUAAUAAUUCCUUAACCUUUAGUCAUGUUUUACACAUCACCUUGUUACAUUAUGUAUGUAAUAUAUGAUUUGAGAACUUUUUGUUUUAAUAUUUUUUUAAGUGCAAAACAUUCUAAACUUGAAAAGUAGUUGAAUGUAGAAUGUUGGAAAUGUGAAUGUUUUGCUGCUUUCAUGACCAAAGAUACAGGGCUAGUGGACAUUUAGAAUAGGAAUAAAAGUUAGAAUCUUGUAGCUCUUUUUUGAAUUGAGAGACUUCAGAGAAUUUUGAUUGAGAAGCAUUUAAAGUCUUAACCAGUACAAACAUUUAAGUAUAACUGUUAAUUUAUUUUCAUUGUGAAGCUACAAAACAGAAGUUUUUCUUCCAAACCUGCCUUUUCGAUUUAUUUCUCAUUUACUCAUGUAAUAGGAGUUAGCAAAAAAAAAAAAAAAUCUAGC